AUGAUUUUGGAUACAAAGGAAUUGCCGUUUUUCCCAAAAUAUCAAAUCGAACAAUAUUAUAAUAAAAAUUUAUGGAUUAUUUGGUUCGAAGCUAAAUUCUCACAAUCUCAUUAUAACAUUCAAAACACAAAUAGAGGUAGUAAUGCCUGUACGUUAAUAGUAAUCCUAUUUGCUGGAAAGUGUAAUAAAUAUGAUAUUUUAUUAACUAAUCCCGUUAAUUCAAUGGUUCACCUUUUUGCUAUUAGCAUGCUGGAAGGUAAUAAAAUUCAUGAUACUCUCAAGCAAAAGAAUAUACUAAAACACGUAAAUUUGAACGUACCGGAAGCGAUAAGUUAUGGUGGAUCUGAUAUAUCCGAUAUAAUCGAAUGGAAAUGUUUGGUUUUUAUGGAACAACUAUCGAAAUCGUUGUAUAAAAAUAUAAAAUCAAAUUGGAAACAAUGGCUUCGAGCUGAUACUCGAAGACGUAAUAACAAUUUGUACGUAGUAUUAGUGGCAGAUUCAAGAACUGUACUUUUUAUAAUACAAUUUAAAACAAAAACGGUGGUAUUAAUAGAUUCACAUCUACAUAGUUAUACGAAAGGAGCAUUCAUGGCAUUUACCGAUAUAUCUAAAUUAAAUUAUCUUUGUUAUUGGUAUAGCGAUAUUUUACGUAAAUUUUAUAAUUCAACACCGCAAUUAUACGAACUUUCAUUUUUAUAUUUUCUCCCAUACAAUAAUUAA